UGACGGGCGCAUUUGAAACAAGCCUCGAAGCAGCGCGUCGAAAGCUCGACACAGUGUUGAAACCUCAGUAUAGAGCGGUCCAUCACUAAUUGAAGUAAUUGUGGGUACUUGUCGCUGGAUAAAUGAGUGGUAGUAAAUCAGCCUAAACGUGUCACAAAACUGUACACAAAAUCAGAGACAAUCGACGGAGGAGCCUCUAAACGUGCGCACUUUAGCAAAGAGGAACCGAAAGUGAAACGUCUUGACGUCACGUACUGGGGAAACCCGGAAAUGGUGCGUUUUCUAUUACGGCCUCAGAAAGGAUUUCACGCAAGUUUUUGAAAAAAAUGAGAUACUCAUCGUCUACUAAGUAAAAAUCCCUGACACAUCUAUCUUGGCUGGGAAAGGUCUUGACCAAUCAACCAGAGGGAUCUGGGAAGCUGAUGAUCAACAAUCCUAACUACACCUCCCACAGGAAUAUCCACUGAAUCUUUACUCCACUUCUGGCGCACUUGGAAGUUAGCAGAUGAAAUGGCGCACAUUUGUAAGAAGCUCUGUCUUAUUCUGUUGCCACUGGUUCAUGCCAUAGCGGAUGACUGCCUUACUGCCAUUUUUGGAGAGGCGGUGCAAAUUCCCUGCUUUCUGAAGACUACAGAGUCCUUAAAGGUAGACGACAUUUCACUUGAAUGGACAACAUCACAUAAAGAUGACAUCGUUCAUGCAUUUCAGAAGGGAAGAGAUGACCUGAAUCAUCAAGAGCACCAGUUCAAAGGCAGAACACAUCUCUUCAUAUCUGAACUGCCACGUGGCAACUUCUCACUGAUGCUGUCAAAUGUAUCAGUAAGUGAUGAACUGCAAUAUGUCUGCAGUUACAGCAUGGGCAACAAACACAAUGAACAACUGUCUGAGCACUGCCUUCAAACUGCAGGUCGUUACUCUGAUCCCAUUGUUUAUGGACUAUCACCAGUGUUAGAAGACAGUGAUGUCAACUUCAUCUGCACAUCUUCUGGAGGAUUUCCUGAGCCAAAGGUCUACUGGUUAGUGAAUAAGAAACUGCUUCAGGACUCAAGACAAGUAAACACAACACUGAGCAGAGACAGCAGGGGUCUGUACAGUGUGAACAGUAUCUUCUCUUUGAAUGUGACAGAUGAUGUGUCUGUGACCUGCACUGUCGAGAAUGAGAAACUAAGAGAGAAGAGGACAUCAGCUGAAAUUAAGUACCAAAUUGAGAAGGCAGAGCUGGACAAUCAAACAAGCCUGAAGAUAGGACUGCCACUGGUGCUGCUGCUUAUCGCAGUCAUUGUAGGAAUUGUGCUUUGGAGGAGGAAGAAGCAGAAGAAGAAAGAAUGGCAAAGUAAAGACAAUGUAACUCAACUGCCACUACAACUAGAACCAAACUGAAAAUGUCAAUCUGAAACUCUGCAGGACAAUCUGAACAAUAAAGACUUCAGUGGUGAAAAUAAAGACAUUUAAUGAGAGACUAAUGAGCUAAUGAACUUGAAGACCUAACUAGAGUCAAACAAAGUGACCAGCCAAAGGACUCAGAAUGCUCUUUAAUGGUCUCAAUUCCAACAAGCAAUGCAUUCUGAGCAGCCACCAAUGAUGGUUCCUAUUCUUCACUUUUUGGAAUGUUGCUACCUAUAAUGUGAUGAAGUCUGGUGGUGUGCAGCACAGUUUAGCAUUAUACAGUAGAAGUGAAAUAAUCAAGAAAGAGAAGCGAUACACAGAGUUGACAUGUUUAUCAUGCUGAAACAAAGGGUUAACUUAUCACUAAUGCUGAACCUAACAUUUUAUGCUGCCAUGAGAAGACCACCUUGUGUAACCUCUAAAGUGCUUUGCUAUAGACUAAGUAAUGGAAAAUAAAAUGCAAAGAGCCAUCUUCUCUUAAGCGUAACAGUCGCAGGGAUCUUAAAACCUUAUGGGCAAAGGAUCACCUAAUGUCCGUAUUACUGGAACAUUUGUAUUUUCGUUCCUAUCAUUUUUCUGGCCUUGCCACCAUUAGUCUUACUCCGCAAGUGACAAUUGAGAUGCUGGAGCAGAACCUAAACCAGAUGCUGGCAUCAAGCGUUGAAGAACCUGCAGUACUUAUGUGCUAUAACAGCAUUUAAAAACUUAACUAUGAUUUCUGUAACAUGUAGUAGCGCUACGGAUUAAUGGACUCCAUUUCCCAGUUGCCCCAUGGGUAUUGCACUAACCGGAUGUCUGCAAUGGGCGCAGGGGCUGCUGGGGAUAAGGAGGUUCGGCAGGAACUUCAAAAGGGACUUGGCCAAACAGUUGGGAGAAAAAGGAGAAGAAUCACCAUUGUUUGUCAGUGAGAGCUGUCAUCAUUUCACCAGUGUGGAAUAUACAUGGUUGACCUGGAUUAUCGUCUUGUUUUGAUACAAGUUUUGUCUCAUACCUGUCUGGCAUCGUGCUUCAUCGGAGUGGUUAUUAUUAGGUGUUUAUUGUUGUGUGCUGUAUUUCUUAUUGCUGAAGGGGAAGGUUACCUGCUUAUUUGUUUUCUAUAUUUAUUUUUCAUUUAAUAUAUCACUCAUUUAUUUA